AGGAGAGAGAGAGAUAUAUAUAUAUAUAUAUACAUUGUUACAUAUACACACAACAAAAGAAACGCGUUAGAAAAAAAACUCGUCACAUUUUCAUCUCGUUUGAUUGCUCUCUUCCUCUCUUUCUCUCUCCCAUUUACUCGUUUUGCAUGUAUAUAUCUAUUUCUCUCUUUGUUCAUUCGUGUACGUACACGAGUACAUGAUGAAGCUUAACGAGAGAUAAGCGUUUAAUAUCGGAGGUGAAAUUUGUAAAGAGGUGUGACAUCGUAUUCGGUGGGUGCUCAUCAUUAAAAAAAAAAAAAAAAAAAGAAAAAAUACUUUUUCACGAACGAACGAAAGGAAGAAAGAAGAGUAGCUGCUAUUCGUCCGACUGCCAGUAAAGGGAAAGAAAAAGAAUGGCGGUAUUCGGUUUGGUUUCGGCAGUAGCCGGGUUCGUUAAGGUGCGAUAUCUCAUCGAUAGAGCCAUCAUCGACAACAUAAUAUUCAGAGCUCAUUAUAGAAUCACUUCUGCGAUUCUUUUUGCCUGUUGCAUCAUCGUUACUGCCAAUAACUUGAUAGGGGAUCCCAUAAAUUGCAUAGCGGACAAUGCGGUGCCAACUCACGUGAUAAAUACUUAUUGCUGGAUAACGUAUACUUUUACGUUGCCGACAAACAACAUGAAACAAGUUGGCACCCAAGUAGCUCAUCCUGGUCUAGGUGGAGAUUACAACGAAGAAAAACUAUAUCACUCGUAUUAUCAGUGGGUACCCUUCAUGCUCUUCUUCCAAGGUAUUCUCUUUUACGUACCGCACUGGAUGUGGAAGCAGUGGGAGGAAGGCAAGGUCAGAAUGAUAUCCGAUGGUAUGAGGGGUGCCAUAGUCGAUAGCAAGCAGGAACGCGAGGCCAGGACAAACAAAUUGGUCGAAUACAUCCUAGAUACUUUGCAUUUGCACAACAGUUACGCCGCCGGAUAUUUCUUCUGCGAGGCACUUAAUUUCGUCAACGUUGUUGGUAAUAUGUUCUUCAUCGACACCUUCCUAGGCGGAGCAUUUUUGACGUACGGUACGGAAGUCAUAACCUUUAGCAACAUGAAUCAAGAACAACGUACCGAUCCAAUGGUCGAGAGAUUUCCAAGAGUGACCAAAUGCACCUUCCAUAAAUUCGGUGCUUCCGGCACGAUACAGAAGCUCGACGCUUUAUGCGUGCUCGCCUUGAAUAUUCUCAACGAGAAGAUCUACAUCUUCCUGUGGUUUUGGUUCAUUAUACUGGCUGUGAUGUCAGGCCUAGCUGUUCUCUAUAGUAUGGCAAUCGUUCUUUUACCUAGCACGCGCGAAACCAUUCUCAGGAAACGAUUCAAAUUCGGUUCGGCUUCGGACGUCAGUGCACUCAUCAGAAAGACUCAAGUCGGUGACUUUCUCCUCAUACAUCUGCUAGGUCAGAACAUAAACACGAUGCUAUUUACCGACGUACUGAAGGAACUCUGCCGUCGGUUCCACAUUGGUUCGGGAAGUAGUGCAUCACCUACGUCCGUUCCAUCAGCACCGAGCACGCUCGAGAUGUCACCAAUUUAUCCGGAGAUCGAGAAAUACGCCAAGGACACGGAGAUCUAAGCCCUAGCUUCUAAACGUUUACUAUACCCAUACGAAUUCCUUCCUUCCUUCCUUCCUUCCUCUAUUUCAAUUUCCUUAUUGUGAUAAUACCGUCGGUGCCUUUAAUCAGACACCACGUUCAAAGUUUUCGUGCUACGAUAUGAUGUGUAUUUUAUUUUUGCUAAAAAAAAAUAUGUAUGUGUGUGUGUGUAUGUAUACAUAUGUAUUUAUAUAUGUCUAUGUAUACACAUACUUUUUUUUUUUUUAUAUAGAAAAAAAGAAAAAAAAAAAAGAAAUUCUUUAACUUUCUCAAACAUCGAAGCACGACGAGCUAAGAAUAGAUUUAUAUUAUUAAGAGUAUAUUUUAAUCCCAAGUACGAAUUAUUUAGAUUCUUCUGAUUAGGAAGUUAAAUAUAUUCGUUCUAUCAAUCCAUUCCUUUUAAUAAUCAAAUCGAAAGAUAUGAUAUAUUUUCAGAUAUAUUUUCUUAUCGAGUAGACGACAAUAAGCAGCGAGAACGAAAAAAAAAAAAAACAGAAUGUAAAAUUACUAAUCAAUGGAAAUUCGUCGAAGAAGCUAAUAUUCGUUAUUUCUGUUGUCUCAUCCGGGAGGAUGCAUUUCUGCAAGAAUUUAAUUAGCCAUUGGAAUCUAUGUAUAUGUGUGCGUGUGUGUAUGCGUUCGCGUGUGUGUACAUACACCUACACAUAUUAUAGCAGGUGAUAAGAAUUUUUUGUUCGAUGUUUCGCAAGAUGAAAGAAAAAGAGACGAAUUCUAAAUAUUUUUUUUUUUCUUUUUUUUUUAUGCUUAAGUAACGAAGCAAACAAAGUUGGUAGAUUUUAUUCGUUCUCUUCUAUCUCGUUUUCUCUGUUCCUUUCAUUCCCUUCUUUUUUUUUUAUAUAUAUAUACGUAUAUUUACUAGAAAUGUCGAUUUAUUCGUAAUUGGUGCAAUGACUGGUAGCAAGGUAAAAAGCAAAUAAAUAAAUAAAAAGCGAAGGCUUAAUAUAGAAUUCGUUAUGUGAGUUUGUCAAAGAAGAUCUUUAGCUAACUCGUUAACGAAUUAAAAUUAUUUUUUGCCGUGUCUUUUAGGAUCAAAGCAGGGUGGAACGUUGAUCGUAAUCCUUGAAUUUCGUGCAAACGAGUAUGACAAUAUUAAUUUUUUUCUAUUAAAUAUAUAUAUAUAUAUAUCUUUGUUUUUUGCGAAACCUCGUGUUAAUUUUUUGUCUCGAAUUAUUCAUCGAAAAGUCAAUAAUGAGAAUAUAUAUAUAUAUAUAUAUAUAUAUAUAUAUUACUGAAGCUGCCAAUAGUAAUGUUAUACAUUUAUUAUAUACAGUAUAUAUAUAUAGUAUAUACAUGUACGUAUAGAAGUUUUAUUCCCACCUUAGUAUAUAAGAGAAACGAGUGAGGAGAUAAUUGCAACAAUUGUUUAAACGAUGUGCCUUUUAUAGAAUUAAAAAUAAUGUUUAAUACGUUAAGUACGAUAAUAUUAAGUUAGAGGAUUAUUAUAAUUGCUCUGCUAUUGUUGAUUAGUACGAGAUGAUAAGCGAAAUUUACAUCCGAAUUAAAUUAGAAUUCUUCAAAAAGAAUUCUAUAUGUAUUCGUCCAAGUUUUUUUUUUAUACGAAAGUGAUAGAAAAUAAUAAAAGGAAAAUACCUACACGGAA